AUGUUCCGGCCGGCCGUGUUCGCCCUCUCGCAGCAGCAGCGCCGGCUGCUGUCGGACCAGACGCGGCAGGCCAUCACCAAGGCGGUGGCGUCGGCGCCGGUGGUGCUGUUCAUGAAGGGCACGCCUGAGACGCCCCAGUGCGGCUUCUCGCGCGCCAGCAUCCAGAUCCUCGGCCUGCAGGGCGUCGACCCGGCCAAGUUUGCCGCCUUCAACGUGCUCGAGGACCAGGACCUGCGCCAGGGCAUCAAGGAGUUCUCCGACUGGCCCACCAUCCCCCAGCUCUACGUCGACAAGGAGUUCAUCGGCGGCUGCGACAUCAUCGUGUCGAUGCACCAGAACGGCGAGCUGGCCAAGCUGCUCGACGAGAAGAAGGUGCUGGCGACCGAGGCUGACGCCGGCGAGAAGAAGGAAUGA